AUGGGGUCGGACGAGACCCCCGCGCCGGAUCUGUGCAUGCGGUUGACGACGAGCAAGGCGCCGCGAGACGCGGACGUGAAGGAGCGGACCGGCCUGCCGUUCGGCGCGGUCGUUCGCCCGUUCAAGCCGCUCGCGGAGUACGACCUCGAUCCGUCGUCGAUCGAUCGGCUCGCGCCCGCGGACGCGAUCGCGCGAUGCAAGGAGUGCUUCGGGUACGUCAACGGAUACUGCGGGUUAGAACGAGACGGGUGGAUAUGCAUCCUGUGCGGCGCGUUCGUGCCUUGGGACUCUCGCGCGCACGACGGCGUCGGUCCGCCGCGGUACCGGAAGAACCCGCAUCGUAACUCCCUUCCCGAGAUCUGCAGACAAGAGCACGAGUCCUUGGUCGCGUCCGAGGUUCUCACCGCGCGCCCAGACGCGCCGAUCGGGACGAGCCCGGUGUACGUCGCGCUGAUCGACCUCACCGCGUCGGAAGAGGUCCUGGACGUCGUUCGCGCGGGCGUCGUCGCCGCGAUCGAAGCCGUGGGAGAAGACGCGUUGUUCGGCGUGGUGUCCUUCGACGACCGCGUCGGGCUGUACGACGUCUCCGGCGACGGCGCGUCGGUCGUUCGGCACGUCAGGCUCGCGCCGUCCGGGGCCGUGGCCGUGCCGCUCGAGGACGCGCUGCCGCUCGAGAGGUUUUUGUGCCGGGUGGGGGAGCGGAAGGGGAAACUCGUGGACGCGGUGGAGAGCACGCGGUCGACGCGACGACGCGGCGGCGGCGGCGGCGGCGGCAACGGCGGCGGCGACGGCGACGGCGACGCGACUCCGCGCCGGGCGUUCGGUCCCGCGCUCGAGGCCGUGCUCGCGUGGCUCGGCGCGGACGGCGGGAACGAAGGGACGUUGAGACACCCCUCGUGCCGGGUCCUGUCGUUCCUGUGCGGGAUUCCAAACGCGGGAGACGGCGCGCUGUCGUCGGCGCGGCACGACGCCGUGUCCGAGUCCCUCGCGUCUCUGGACCCGGACGAAGCCGCCGCGGCCGCGGACGAGCUCUUUUUGCCGCAGAGCGACUUCUACGCGGACGCGGGCGACCGAGCGGCCGUCGCCGCGGUCGUCGUCGACGUGUUUUCCCUUCCGGACGGCGGCGCCCACGCGGACUUAGCCUCUAUCGCGCCGCUCACCGAACGCAGCGGCGGGACGCUGUACCACUACGAGCGCGCGAUCGGCGAGGACGGCGCGGCGAGCGACGCGCCGCUGCCGCGGGACGUCUUCCGGCUCCUGAACGGCGACGCGGCCGUCUCCGCGCAUCACUGCUCGCUCAGGUUGCGGACGUCGAGCGAGUUUAAAGUCGCCAACGUCUAUGGCGCGCUCGCGCGCGACGACGAGUACGAAGGCCUGUGCCACGUCAUGCGGUGCGGCGCGGAGGACGCGUUCGCGUUCGACUUCGAGCACGCGCAUCGCGAGGGGUUCGGGGACAGGGGCGACUGCCCGCCGACGAUUCAGCUCGCGUUCGAAUACACGGUUUUGACGCCGCUGGGACGGGGAGACGCGAGCGGCGGCGGCGGCGGCGGCGGCGACGCGGCGGCAUAUUUGCGCCAGCGCCGAAGGAGGAUAUGCACGGUGCAAGCGCGCGUGUCCGGGAAGCCGCGCGACGUCUUCAACGCCGCGGACGGCGACGUCGUCGUCGCGUUGCUGUCGCAUAAAAUUUUCGCCGCCGCGAACGCGGAAGGCCUCGGCGAAGCCAGACUCCUCCUCGCGGACUGGCUCUGCAUCCUGACCGCGAGGUACAACCACGAGUGCGGGAUCCUCCGCUUCGGCGCGCCCGACGCGGACGCGCGCGCGCUCGACGUCGAGUUCACGUCGAGCCUCCCGUUGCGCGUCGUCCCGCGUCUCGUGCACGCGUUGCUUCGACACCCAGCGCUUCGCGUCGGACCCGGCGGCGCGAGCGCGGACGCGCGGACGUGGCUGCGCGCGACGACGUCGCGCCUCGAACCCGCGGCGCUCGUGAGGACGCUGUACCCGUCGCUGAGCUCGUGGAGGAGCGCGGACGAGAUGGAGUGUCCGUCGCGCAGCCUAACGCGCGCGGCGUUGGCGACGAGCGACGCGCCGCUGUGGCUGCUCGACGCGCACGCCGAGCUCGUCGUGUUUUUGAAGCCGCGCGACGACGGCUCCGCGCCGGGCGACGUGAUCUUCCCGCCGUCGCGCGACUCGAAACUGCGCGCGGUCGUGGACGCCGCGAGGGAGACGCGGCGCGUCACCCCCAAGGUGCGAUUCGUAAAUGGCGCGGUGGAAGACGCGAGCGCGUUUUACGAGCGCCUGGUGGAGGAGGAAUCGGCCGAGCUCGGCGGCGGCGGGGACGGGCUCGCGGGCGAGGGCGCGAUCGAGGGAGGGAGUAGUCACGAGAGGGACGGGUUCGUAGGGUUUUUAGCGCGAACGGAACGCACCGCGAGGACGUUCUUGAGGGAGGCGAGGGCGUAG